CACACCUAUAUGAGUAUAUUUCACGUAAUAUUUAGUGUAAGUUUCGCGUCCGUUAUGUACAUCGUCAAAAUUUUUGUUCUUUCCUCGUUUGAUCUUAUAUAUACGUAGCAUGAUUUACAACGUUAUUGCUUAGGUUAGAAAAUUGCGUGUAAAUAAUUUAGUGUCCUAUACGUAUGUGCAUAGACGUUGAGAUAGAGAGGAAAAAAAAAGAAGGAUCGGGUAAAUGCAACAUGUCUGACAUUUGACACAUUGAAAAAAAAAAUCCAUAGCUAAUAAUAGACAUCAAAAACGUUUGGAAUAGAAGAAUCAUGAAAUAAAAUUUCGAGUUUAACCUUGGAUUAAAUGGAUUGAUCUAUCACGAAAAAUUCCACAAACGGGUUAAAAAAUCACGAGAUCACGAUUAAAAAAAAAAAAAAAAUCAAUGAAGUCGAACGUGCGGUCAAAAAUUGCAAAAAUUUAACAAAACCUUUUUCGCCGGUUGCGCAUACAUUUGUACGGGAAUAGAAUAAGCAGAAAAUUUCUCUCCAAAAAUUUCCACCGAUUAUUUAUCACUAUUGAAGGAAGAAUAGAUAAUAACAAUUUUCGAACGAUAAAAUGAAGGUUAUAUUUUCGAAUCCCGUUCGUCCCCAUUACUGCAAAUGAGAAUAAAUGUGGCAAGUAUAACACCUUGAGAGUGUCGAUACAUGUAAAGGGAAAUUUUUUAACACGUGUUUACCUUAUUAUCACGCAUCGUUUAUUUAAAGAUGAAAAAUCAUCCUUUUCCCCCCUUUCCUUUAAUUUAGCUCGAGCAAAAAAUCCGAUGAAUAUUUACAUCUUAUCACUCGUGUAUGAAUUAAUCGUUUUACGUUUCAUACGUAAACGAUAUAAUUUUCAUAUUUCACAUUAUGAAUGUAAACGACAGAGAGGAGAAUAACGCGUCCAACUAUUCGGGCAAAUUUAUUAUAUUACAAAUUUCUAUUAAUCUACCUUUGUGUGUUUAUACCGUAAUAAAUUAAUUAUUUUCAGAAUAAUUAAAUUUACACAUAUGUAAUGACCGUGUCAAGAGGAAUAUAUAUCUCGAUGGUGGUUACAAUUAAAUAUCGAUACAAUUUCAUUAUUUGUCCUUUUUAGAAAGAGAGAUUGGAGCCCUUAUAGCCCGAUAUAUAUAUAUAUAUAUAAAAAAGAUAACUCUUCUUUCGAAACGAGGCAAGUAGUUUUUUCUUUUUUUUUUUUUUUCUUCUGUUCUUUUAUAGUAAUUCAGGUAUUAUGAAUUUCCUUUCACGAAUCAAAAAAGGAAGGAUACAUAGAGGUGUUUAAAUUAACGCUUGAUCCUUGAAUAAAGGGCAAAAAAACCAGUUUCUCCAAAGUUUCGUGGCAUAAAAGAUUAAUUACUUGGGCGAUUAAGCUCGCCGGACAAUAAGGAGGCCGGAUUAAACAAGCAGAUUGAUCGAUUUACCCUUUCUCGCUUCAUCCACGAGGCGUUUAAACUGAAAUGACAAUAAAAUAAUUUUCGAAGCGACUAUGGAUUUACCGCUCGAUUCAAAGGAUAUCAAGAGUACGAAAGACUCGGCGGGCGUGACGGAGUGCACGAUGAACGAGGACAAGACCUACAGCGCUUCUUUCAUCCUGGAGAAGAAGGAGAGCCCGGUGAAUCCGUACAAUAGGGUCGACUGGACCAAGAUGUGCACGAAAUGGACAUCCUCCGAGAGCGAGAUCUGCGUCGUCAACAGCCUGCCGCAACUUGACUGCAACUCGUUCCCCAAAUCGUACAUGGACACGUGCUCGUGCUGCCCCCGUGACAUAUUCGACGGCAACUUGGACGUGAUGAACGAGAGCUACAGAGGCGCCAUGGUUGGCAAGGACGAGGACUGCUGUAAAGUUAAGUGGGAGAAGAAGGAACGUUACCGGAAAAUUAAAACGAAAGUCGUUAGAGCCAUCAAGAGACACAAAAUAUUUUUGAUACGAGGCGAAUUACCGAAAUUGAAGGAAGCCCUGGAGAAGAGAGGUUGGGUGCAAAAAUACGAGGCAACAAAAACGAGAAAUUUACCUUACGGCAGCGUGGCAAGCUUGGAGGCUAAAUCUUUGGGCGACUUGACGCAAUCGGACGGUUCCUUGAACGAGAGGGCGAUAAUUUUCGCUCUGCUACGCCACAGAUCGCCAGACUUCAUAUGGGACUGUCGAAACGACUUCGUCGACUGGCAUCGCAGCCUUAGCAGCAACACGGUCCUCAACAGAUACCAAAAACCUUCCGUCUACACGUCCAAGCUAGGAAUGGCUCGUUUGUUGGAGGACGCGCACUGGUUGUACGAGAAGGACGUGUCCUCCGUUUUGUUCCCGAGAAGUUACAACCUGAGCAGGGAGCCGAAGAUCUUCCUCGAGGACUUCCGCCUGACAGCGGCCGCGGGCCUCUUGAAAUGGUUCGUCGAGAAGAUGCAAGACUGCUGCACCGACCAGAGCUGCUGCAACUUGUGCGGCCACCGGCCGAUCCUCAUGAACCGCCUCGAGUUCGCCAUGAAGCGGUGCGAGGAGUUCGUCGCGUGCGAGAAUCACCAGAACAUCGACGAGGACAUCGUGACCGAGUUCACCGAGGAGGAGUGGAACUCCUUUCUGGACGACUAUAUGGCGGCCGUGCACGAGGGUGCCGGGAUCGAGAUCAACGAGAAGUAUCAAGAUCAGAUACAAAAGUACGUGGAGAUGGCGAGCUCGAUAUUGGCCAAAAUGAAGGAGGUCGACCCGCAAUACGAGCUCAACGGGAUGAGGAACAUGUGGAUCUUGAAGCCGAGCGAGCUUUGUUGCGGCACGGGGAUCAGCAUAUCUCACAACUUGAAGGAUAUAUUUCGCAAGAUAAAAAGUCGGCCCAAGGAUUACUUCAUCGUUCAGAAGUACAUAGAACAUCCUUUGCUCGUUCACGAUACGAAAUUUGAUAUAAGGCAGUGGUUCUUGGUCACGAACACCUUCCCUCUCACCAUAUGGAUAUUCAAGGAGGGGCUACUUCGAUUCAGCUCGAAACCCUACACUUUCUCGACCUAUCACGAGGCGAUUCACAUCUGCAAUACCGCAAUUCAGGAGAAGUACGACGAGGAGAGGAGAAGGCGAAGGAAACGUGGAAAUCCGGAGGAAGUCGUAAAAACGAUUCGUGAUCAAGGAUGGGACUGCGAGAAGCUGAACGAAUAUUUAAAGCAAAACUUGGGGCUUAGCGGGGAGCCGUAUUACGACAAUAUAUAUCCAAAAAUGUCGGAGGCAAUAAUUCUUACGAUGCUGGCCUCCCAAGAGCACAUGGACAGGCGGAGGUGCAGCUUCGAGCUGUACGGAGCCGAUUUUAUGGUGAUGGAGGAUCUCUCGGUCUGGUUAAUCGAGAUCAACACGAAUCCCCGGAUGCACCCGCCCAGCUCGAGAAAUACCAAGCGCCUCUAUUCCAACGUUCUCGAAAGCCUGGUGAAAGUGGUGAUGGACAUACCGUUGAAUCCAGACGCGGACACGGGCGGUUUCACCCUGAUCUACAAACAAAAUAUACCCGAUUUCCGACCUUAUCUCGGCCCCUGCCUCUUCGUGUUCGGCAAAUCGAUAACGCUGGUCGAGCAUCCGCGGAAGCGAGAUAAGAAAAAGAAGAACGGUUGGGCGAAGUCGCAGCAGCAGCAGCAGCAGCAGCAGCAGCAGCAACAGCAAACGCAACAGCAACGCGCGUGGACCGCCCCGCCGAUGAUUCCGCGCCUAAGGGAGCCGAAAAUAGUCGACUUUAUCGACUAUUUGAACACGGCUCGGUGUACAGCGGCCAACUGAAUAUUCCCAUCGUUACCGCCGAUGCAUUCGUCCGAUCGUUUAAUCGGGGAAUCCGGCCACGAGAAAUCGCCUUUUCCAACUUUAAGUGAAUAAAGGGGACGGUGAACUCUGCAACCUCGAUACGGGGAAACGUGGAACAGUCGUUUUAAAGUCGGGACGACCCAGUUUUUCGCGGGGAAGGUCGAACAUCGAAAACGGUUCUGGUAGGCGCACGCGUUCAACCUUUGCGCCCGACCAGUUGGAGGAGGAGGAGAUGGAAUUCUCUCUUCCCCGAAGAAUCGGGAAUCGCGUUAUAUUCUCACCUUGGCGGCAAAUUUCGUCGUCGUUAAAGGACACGAAAUUCGUAAAACAAAAAAUUUCCCUCCUGUAUCCGCCGCUCGAGAGAGGAGCGUAUCUCGUUGGACCACGAUUUUCUCCCGGCUUCUACCUCCGUUUAACCGCGUGUUUUAGCGCGUAUAUGCGGGGUAUGCGAGUUGCACCGUUAAUUGACGCACGAGAACAUAACGAGAGAUAAAAGUAAUCGACGGUGUCGUUAGCAGUAUCGUCGCUAUGUCAUCGUUUCUUCGACUGAAAACGUGAUCGUGGAAAGCUGAAAAGUAAAGUCCACUUUUUUUUCUUUUUUUCCGAUUUCUUCUUUCGUUCUAUUCAUGGUGCGAAAUAGAAACGAAUUUUCUAGUAGUUUAUUAUACACAUACACCGGUCAUUUUUUUUUUCUUUUUUCUUUUUUUGUAUCGAAUAAUUUUACCAUACGAUGAAAAUCGUUUCUACAUUUUUCUAAAUAAUUUAUGAAUAAUUUGAAAUGAAACAUUUGGGAAACAUGAAAAAAAAAAAAAAUUUUUUUGCGUUUAUCGGCUAACUUUUGGGUAAUUCGGUAAAGAGAAAUAUAUAUAUAUAUAUAUUUAUAAAUUUGUUCCCCUCGGAUAAUAUUUAGAGAAAGAGAAGUCAAAAAAAAAAAAAGGUAAAGACAAUCGUUUUUAUUGAUAUGUACAUACAAUAAAUUUAUUUACAAAUAAUACAAUAAA